GCCGCCUCAAGUUAUUAGGAGCAAGAUCAUUUCCUAGGUUUCCACAAUGGGUUUGUCCACUUUGCAGCCGCUUGCUUAUGCCGUUGCCUAUGUUACGUUCUUUUUCGGCACUGCUUCUAUCUUUCUGAGGUUCUACUGUCGCAUUUUUAUUCUAAAGACAUGGGGCUUGGAUGAUUGGGUGGGUGUGGCUGUGCUGGUUUUUAAUACCGGCCAGCAAGCUAUUUUGCACAUGUUUUUGUACUGGGGAUGCGGACUACACAUCACUGAACUGAGCCAAAAUCAAAUCCUCCAAAUCCUCAAGUGGCUGUUUAUUGAAGAGGUGUUCUAUUAUACGGUGCAUUUUGUUAUUAAGAUGGCCUUCCUAUUCUUCUACCUCCGUUUGUCGCCCAACAAGUUUUUCCGAGGCCUGGUAUAUGCUGGAAUGGGCUUAAAUGCAAGUAUUUUUAUCACCAACAUACUUAUGGCAUGCUUUCAAUGCCUUCCAUUUGACGAGAUCCUUCAUCCUGGCACGCAUCCAGAUGCUGUUUGCAUCAACAAGCUAGUUCUUCUCAUCGUCCCGUCAAUUCUGAACAUCCUAGAAGAUCUCUACAUCCUCAUCCUCCCGAUCUCCACAGUCUGGAAUCUCCAAAUGUCCCUGCGACGCAAAAUUGCCGUUCUCUGCGUCAUCGGGUUCGGCGCCUGCGCCGUCAUCAUCGCAUGCUUCCGCCUCAUCCCUCUUUUCGAAUUAAACAGCUCACCAGAUACGUCCUUCGUCCUUGGUAAAAUGGUUAUUGUCGCUGCCCUCGAGAUCCAAUUCGCCGUAAUCGCUGUAAACCUCCCCUCGCUCAAGGCACUCUGGUUGCGUAUCACUGGUGGAAGCUCAUCAGGCUCUGGGCCGGGGUACUCGGAUCAAAAGGGCUAUAAAUUAUCGUCCAUGGAGCGAAAAGCGGGCAAUGGAUCCGGGAUGGGUCGGUCUGGGAGGAAUGGGAAGAGUAAGGGAUCGAGAGGAAGUAUCACGCGUUUGGAGCGCGGGAUCACGAGUACUGAGUCUGAGGAAGAGCUGUUUAGACAGGGCGGGACGGCAUUGAAUAUCCCCACCCAGGGGAGUAAGAUGGACGCUAAUGCUAUUAAGGUUACGACCGAUGUUAAGAUCAGGAGUACGGGGAGACAGGAUGAGGACGUGCCCCAGUCGACGCAUUUCCUUGGUGGUCAUUAGACUGUCCGGAGCGUUGACCAGAAAAGAUGUGGAAAAGCUGAAGCAUAUACAUGUGUGCUUUGUGUACAAAAUAUAGCCUAUAGAAG